AUGCAGGUUCAAGGCCCGAGUCCCAGGUUCAAGGUUCAAGAACCUCGAAACACCCAAAUCACCAACAAGAUGCUUUUCGCUACCGCCCUGGCGGCUUUGGUCGCCACUGCCUCCGCGGCCAAGGACAAACGCACCUUCGCCGUGCUGCGUCACUAUGGAAAAGGCCCCCUGACGACUUGCCGUGCUGACCCCAUUGUCUCCCCCGGAACGGCCUCGGCCCACGUCCACACUGUCAUGGGCGCCAGCAACUUCGGCCUCAACGUGACGGGCGAGCAGCUGCGUGAGUCCAAGUGCACCACGGCGCUCCCCAAGGCCGAUCUCAGCGCCUACUGGUUCCCGCUUCUCUACUUCAAGGAUCCCGCCACCGGCCUUCUGGAGCCGGUCACGAUGGACUACAUGAACGUCUACUACUUCUUCGAACCCACCAACGACGACAUCAAGGCUUUCCCCCUCGGUCUCCAGAUCGUCAGCGGAAACGCCAUGCUGAGGACGGCCCCCGCGGAUACGGGUGACGUCAACCUGGACCCCUCCAAGGGCCCCAUUCAGCCCGUGCAGAUCACCUGCCCUCGCGUCAACUUUGACCCUCCCACCUGGCCGAGCGGCUCCGACGGCUCCAAGGCAGGCAUCGGAUCCACAUCAGACAAGGGCGCGGGCAUCGGCUUCCCCUUUCAGGAUUGCGAUGGCUACGCUUCGCCCAUGCGUGUCGACGUCCACUUCCCCUCGUGCUACGAUCCUUCGGCCGGCCUGACCAACUACCAGAACAACAUGCAGUUCCCGUCGGAUGCGGGCGGCGGCAAGCAAGACUGCCCUGAGGGCUGGAUCCACCUGCCGCACAUGUUCUUCGAGACGUACUGGAAGACCCACGACCUCCUGCCGCGCUUCAGGGACAUGGUCGGUAAGGCCAGCCCCUUCGUCUUCGCCAACGGCGACACCACCGGCUUCUCGGCUCACGGCGACUUCAUCUCGGGCUGGGACGAGGAGGAGCUUCAGCACAUCAUCGACACCUGCAACGCCGGCCACGCCGGCAUCCAUACCUGCGCUGGCCUGAAGUACGGCGCCAACGACCCUAGCGGCUCUUGCAACAUCGAGUGCCCCAUCGACGAGGUGGUUGACGGCACCCUGGAGAAGCUACCCGGCAACAACCCUCUUGCCGGCUGGAGCCUCGGCGGCGGCGACCUCCCCGCUCCCCUGCCGAUUCCCGUUCCUUCGCCUUCCGCUGCUCCCUCGCCGGACCCGAAGCCCCAGCCCGGAACCGGUGGCUCGAGCUCUAGCUCUUCCAAGCAGCCUCCUGUCCAGAAACCGUCGUCCACCGCUGCGGCCCCCCCUCCUCCUGUCCCUACUACCCUCAUCCCCAUCCCUGCACCCACUCUCCAGCUGGUACCGUCUGCGGUUAUCAACGAUGUGUCGGGCCAGGAUGAGCCGGAGCAGGACGAGCUCGAAAAGGAUGAGCUCGAGAAGGAUGAGCCGGCGCCUACCCCCGCGCCGACCCCGGCGCCCGCCCCCAUCCACACCAAGACGAUCUACGACACAGUGACAGUCUGGCAGACCCAGACAGUCUACGUAGACGACGCCGAGGACCUGCCGGCGCCCACCCAGGCGGCGCAGCAGUCGUCGGGCGACGCGCCCGCAGACAUCGCCGGCUUCAGGUACGUGGGCUGCUACAAGGACACGACGGCACGCGCGCUCCGCGGCGAGGUGCUCCCCAAGAUCGGCGACGCCAGCAACACGGCGUGCGUCGACUACUGCUCCGCCAAGGGCUUCGCCGUCGCCGGCACCGAGUACGGCGGCGAGUGCUUCUGCGGCAACUCCCUGAGCCCGCUCGAGAAGCUCGACGACGCCAAGUGCGCCACCCCCUGCAAGGGCGACGCCAACCAGACCUGCGGCGGCGACUGGGCUCUGACCCUGUAUGCUAAGGGCGGUGAGCUGCCCGGCUCGGGCGCCGCUGCGCUGAGGAAGCGCCAUGCGAGCCGUCACUAUAUGCAGCAUGCGCGCCUGCCCUCGCGGAGGCAUCGGAGAUAG